ACUACUCUAAUGAAUAUGCAUCAGAGGCCCAGGGAGGGUGACCUGUGGGGAUCGGACAGAGGUUACAAGGGGUGACUCCCAUGAGACCUGAAUGGACAGAAAAGAACAUAUUCCUCCCAACAUUUCACUCUUGUGGGUGCGCACACACACGCACGCACGCACGCACACACGCACACACACACACACACACACACACACACACACACACACACACACACACACACACACAGGGGGCAACAACACAAGCAGCCCUAUCUUGUCCUGCUCGCUCUUUUUUCUUGCUCUCUCUCUCUCUCUCUCCCGCUUUCACACACCUGCACCCCCCUGUUCUUUACUGUACGUCUAAGAACUACUGAGACAAAAACAAAAGGGUACUUACCUCACCGUUUUCCUCCUCCUCCUCUCUGGCUUUGUAUUUUUUCUUCUUCCUCCGUCCCUCCUCUAUGAUCAAAAAGGAGUAUCUGUUAGCGUGAACGCUGCUGUUUGGACAAUUAGACACAGUUAAAGUCAGGAUCCCGAGUCGAUCGUCAAAUAAUGACUGGAAACCGCCGAGCUGCCCCAGCUGCGCCGGGCGCCUCAGCUACCCCAACACUUCUGCCAAAUGCAACAACAGCCCCUGGCGAAAAACAUUCAGAAGGCCACAGUCCCAACAAGUUCAUGAGUGAGCUACGCAGCAUUCACAUGCCAUCGUGGGCUAUUGCUGCUCUGUGGGUCGUAACUUUGUGUAUGGUGCUGUCGUGCGCCGUGUGCAUGUGGAAGAAGUGCCUGAAAAAAAAGGACAAGGACAAAGAAAAGGACAAGAAAAAGGGGAAAGAGAAGAGCAAGGGAGGAUGUGACACUGAAAUGGAUGGCGGUAACAACGAGCUGUUCAAAGAGGAAGGUAACAAAGAAACAGAGCUGUCAGAUAAUGAGCCCAAGGAGGAGGAGAAGCUGGGUAGACUGCAUUUCACAUUAGACUACAACUUCACAGACAACACGCUGGUGGUCGGCAUCUUGCAGGCCGCAGAGCUUCCUGCCAUGGAUGUGGGAGGUAGUUCCGACCCUUACGUUAAACUUUAUCUGCUCCCGGACAAAAAGAAAAAGUUUGAAACCAAGGUCCAUAGGAAGACACUUGAGCCCACCUUUAAUGAGACCUUCACGUUUAAGGUACCGUACACUGAGCUGGGCGGGAAGACGCUAGUGAUGACUGUGUACGACUUUGACCGUUUCUCAAAACACGACGCUAUAGGAGUGGUGAAGAUACCAAUGAGCAGUGUGGACUUCAGCCAGUCUCUGCAGGAGUGGAGGGAUCUGCAGAAGGCGGAGAAAGAGGAGAGCGAGCGGCUUGGAGACAUAUGUUUGUCCCUGAGGUAUGUGCCUACUGCAGGAAAGCUGACAGUGGUGAUUCUGGAGGCCAAGAACCUGAAGAAAAUGGAUGUGGGUGGAUUAUCAGACCCUUAUGUGAAGAUCCACUUAAUGCAGAACGGGAAAAGACUCAAGAAGAAGAAAACAACGAUAAAGAAGAACACUUUGAACCCUUACUACAACGAGUCCUUCAGCUUCGAAGUGCCCUGUGAACAGAUAGAGAAGGUGCAGGUAGCAGUGACUGUGCUGGAUUAUGAUAAGAUUGGGAAGAACGACGCCAUUGGAAAGGUGCUGCUGGGCGGUACCAGCGCCGGCACCGAGCAGCGCCACUGGGCCGACAUGCUGGCCAACCCCCGGCGGCCCAUCGCCCAGUGGCACAGCCUUCAACCAGAGGACGAAGUCAACGCGCUCAUGUCCAGCAAGAAAUAAAAUGCAGCUUGUACUCCUACUUCUGAAUCAGAUUUCUACUUCGCUGCCUAAUUCCCCUUAAAACCCUUUAAGCUACUUAACUGAGUGAUAGGAUCCUGUUUUAUCUCUCACACUGUCUGACAACUACCUUCCUUUUCCUGCUUCUGCCUUGACUGCAACAGAUAGAGACGUAUCAACCUGUACAGUGCUAAUAAAUCAAAUGCAACUUUUUAAAAUCCUUUGUACUGUACAUUUUUCAUCAUCAUUCUGAUUUGCAGGGAAGAGGUAAAGCAUAAGUGUAGACUAUAGUGUAGGCUGUCAGGUGCCCGUGGUUCAUUGUUGGGAGUCACUGAGCUGAAGUCAGGCUAAUGCAAAACUGUUCACAAUUGACAUAAUGCUUUAAAGUCAAUCAUCUACUAAUUAAACUCUGAGGCCUGUUGAUAGUCGUGUUUCCCUCCACUUUGCAGGGCUUCAUACCUUCAUUCACUCAUUUCCUCAUGAUUCAGUGAAGCUUAAUAAUUGUGCUUAUCCUCCGUAGCUCAGUAGCACCUUAGCAUCGCGUUAGCAUCAUGUCCUUGACCUUAUCGCCCAAUGUCAGGUAAUGUUAUUUAUGCAAAGCAAAACCAUACAUUUACACAGACGUAGUUGUUCUGAAGGCAAGUUAAAUAAAUGUCAAGAAACAUGAACUAAACGUUGUGAUUAUUUG